GCGGCGGCUCCUCUCAGAGGAGCGGCCAGACCGCGGCGGACGGGCCCGCGCCGGAGCCGCUCCCCGCGCAGGAGCCGCGGGCGCUGCGCUAUGGGCAGGAGGAGCCGGCGGGCAGCCGACAGCUCGUCCUCGGGAGACGAGGAGGAAUAUGUGGUGGAGAAGGUGCUGGAUCGGCGCGUGGUGAGGGGCCAGGCCGAGUACCUGCUCAAGUGGAAGGGCUUCUCCGAGGAACACAACACGUGGGAGCCCGAGAAGAACCUGGACUGCCCCGAGCUGAUCUCGCAGUUCCUGCGCAAGGACCGCAGGAUGAGGGACGGGGACAGCGGGACACGGCCCCGGGAGCGCCCCGAGGGAGCCAAGAGGAAGGGCCUGCCCGGGAAUGGCAACGGCAGCGAGGACGGACGGGCCAAGAAGAAGAGG